CUACUGUUGACAACUGUUUCCCAGUUUCGAUUGGGGCACGGUUGAAAAUUAACCUUCUUUGGUUUUCGUCAUUGUUUCGGUGAAAACGUGAUAGUCUGAACAGUUCCAUUUAUCGUGUACGUGUUUUUCAUGUAGCCGCUUAAUGUAUGUGCACAGGAACCUGAUUAUCUGGAGCCUUGUUCUCAUAGGUCCAGCUGUGUGUCCGCGAUUGUGGAGUUCCAAGACCGAAAGCUCGCCGCACGACUCGACCAAAGGCUCGACGCACCACUCGACCAAAGGCUCGACGCACCACUCGACCAAAGGCUCGACGCACGACUCGACCAAAGGCUCGACGCACGACUCGACCAAAGGCUCGACGUACGACUCGACCAACGGCUUGACCAAGGACUCGACCAACCACUCUACCAAUCUCUGUGCAGGUGCCUCUUUUUCACCAGAGCCAGAAACCGAGCACGAAUGCACGAAAGAGUGCGAGUCGAAAUGUGGGCGUGUCAUCCGAGAAGGACACCCGCCUGUACCGAUUAAGACUGGGGUUUUUGAGAAGAAAAGCGGAAAGCGUGUAUGCAAAUGCCAAUUCAGCCGUGCUUUAUACAGCCUCAUCGAGGAGAGGGGUCGCAACGAAGAAGAUUUUAAAAAGCACGAGCAUAACAUUAAGGAGGCUCGAGCAUGGUUAAAGCAGAACGGAUUCAGGACAAAACGGGUCUCAUUCUCCGAAGACACGUUACCUUCAAAAUCGGAUGGAGAUCCGGUGAUGACACCAGAGAGUUGUAAGUCGAAAUGCCGACGCUCUAGGGGUUGCGUAAUGGACGGUCCUGAAUGGAAAGCGAUCGCCGAGGGGAACGCGACACCAUCGAAGGACGGGUGGGAGUGCAAGUGCAAAAUGAAUUUGGCGGUGGGUAAGAUCGUAAAGGCCGCUGGAUUGAGCGUCGAAGAAUUUUUUAAGGAAUUCGAGAAGGGCGGAUCUGCGUGCUGUAAAUGGUUACGGGACAAUGAAGAAUUCAAACCCAAAGUCAGCUGCCCUGAUGACUCCCCGGAGCACGCGGAAAAUGCAAAGCCUUCAAGUGAACUGAAGUUACAGAGGCCACCAACCAAGAAGACUUUGCGGCGAAUGUUAGCCAUUCAGAGGGAGGAUGAGCAGCCAUCAUCUUCUGGUAGAGAUUCGAAGGGAACCAGAUCCCCAUCUCCAAGUAAACAAAGAAGGGGAGCAGAUAAUGAGGACUGAUUGUUGUUAUAGUCGGCAGGUGCAUCUUACACUGAAAAAAAAAAUAUCGGUGUAUUUACUAAGAAAAGGGUAAAAUUACCAAGAAUUCAGGGUUCUAUUUGAUCCCAG